AUGAUGCUCACAACUAGUCAAAGAAAGCCAUUAGCGGUUUCAAAGAGAGGAACUGGAGGAGAUGGGAUUUAUAUGGACCGAAACGGUAAUGCGGAUGUGUUACCUCCAUUGAAACCGUCAACGAAGGGUAAUGUGAAGGCUCACGAAUCGAACGUUUCUGGAGCUUUACCGCUUGUUGGAGGAGUACAAGUACAACAACUAUUUGAGGAAGAAACUAACCAACAAAACAAAGGAAAGGUUGCCAACGAAAUACAAGGCCUUCCAUCUGUUCAUCGGCCAGUAUCUUACUCAGGGAAUGCUUCUCCAGCGUCAGGAAGGAGAUCUAGCUUGAACGGAUCGGGAUCGCUGAAAUCUAGAGGAUUACCCAUGGCGCCGGAGCAGGCAAUGAAACAAUUCAUGCACAAGCUAACCAGCUACGAACAUCAUGAGAUCUUUAAUUAUCCUCAAAUCUGGUUUGUUGGUCCAAAUGCGAAGAAACGUCAGGGUGUGGUUGGUGGUGCGAAUAACGGAGGCUAUGAUGAUGAUCAGGGUUCUUACAUUCAAGUUCCACAUGAUCAUAUUGCUUACCGCUACGAAGUUGUCAAGAUUAUCGGUAAGGGAAGCUUCGGGCAGGUUGUGAAAGCUUACGAUCACAAGACUCAGACAAAUGUGGCUUUGAAAAUGGUCCGUAACGAGAAGCGAUUCCACCGACAAGCUCAGGAAGAAAUCAGGAUUCUAGAACAUCUGAAAAAGCAAGACAAAGACAACGGCCACAAUAUUAUUCACAUGCUGGAACAUUUCAAAUUUCGCGAACACGUUUGCAUGACUUUCGAGUUGUUGAGCAUGAACCUGUACGAACUCAUAAAGAAAAACAAAUUCCAGGGGUUUAGUCUACAACUGGUGCGGAAGUUCGCACACUCGAUUCUACAAUGUAGUGACGCACUACACCGAAAUCGUAUUAUUCAUUGUGAUUUGAAACCAGAGAACAUUCUUCUCAAACAGCAAGGACGGAGUGGAAUUAAAGUGAUUGAUUUUGGCUCUAGUUGCUAUGAACAUCAGCGUAUUUACACGUACAUUCAAAGCCGAUUUUACCGUGCGCCUGAAGUGAUUCUUGGAGCAAAGUAUGGUAUGCCAAUAGACAUGUGGAGCUUUGGAUGUAUUUUAGCUGAACUUUUGACAGGAUAUCCUUUGUUUCCCGGUGAAGAUGAAGGAGACCAGCUUGCUUGCAUUAUUGAACUACUUGGCAUGCCUCCUCAGAAACUAUUAGAAAACUCUAAGCGGGACAAGACGUUUAUUAAUUCGAAAGGACAUCCAAGGUAUUGUACAGCAACAACUCUUCCAGAUGGAAGCACAGUUUUGACUGGUGGUCGUUCUCGACACGGUAAGACGCGAGGCCCUCCUGGCUCGAAAAAAUGGCAAACGGCUUUGAAAGGCUGUGAAGAUGCUCAGUUCAUCGAUUUUCUAAAGCGAUGUUUAGAAUGGGACCCUUCUCAGCGUAUGACUCCAUCACAAGCCCUUCGUCAUCCAUGGCUUCGAAGGCGCUUGCCUCGAGCACCCGAAUCGAACGCGUCAGUGGAGAAAUCAUACCACCAGCGUAAUUCAGGCUCGGGAGUCGCCAAGCUUCCGCCAGCUGCCCCAACAUCAGGGAAAACCAAGCCACGAAGACAAAUCGAAGAGAUCUUGGACGAUGGUCGUGGGGUAACAGACUCUGCUAAACUUAACACCAGAACUGUGUUACCAAAAAUAGUGGGAAGAUAA